AUGGUCGAGAAAUUAUUAGCUCUAUUGCUGCUUCUCGGAUGCUCACCCAUCAUCGGCUCGUCCCACUUGCAAUUGCAAAACAAGGCCAUCAAUAAGAGAGAAUACUGUCGAUCGACAUUGAGCACCAAGGCUGCUCUGAGCAUCUACGACGCGGAUGUUGAGGCAUGCACGAAUCUCGCAGACAUCACGAUCUAUAUGACACGAUGGAACGAGGAAGACAUCAAUCGGAUAUUGUCGAAAAUCGAAUAUUUAUAUAAUGUUAAUUUGUAUAUCGAAGACACGACGGCGGUGAAGAUCGAUUUGUCGUCGCUGAAGGAGAUGAAUCUGGUGUAUUUGGUUGUCUCGCACAAUCCGACAUUGAAGGAGAUCAGUAUUCCUGAGAGCGCAUUCACAGCAGUACGCAGAUAUAAGCUUUUACUCUACGACAAUCCGUCAUUGGACGAUGAGACUCUAGCGAAAUUCAAUAAAUAUUGCGGAAAUAAUUGCAGAAACGCGAAAAAGCGUGACGUCAUCGUGAGCGAACACCGCGAAACGAUGGGUCGAGUCAAUUCGAGCUGGUGUCAAUUUACGACGGCUAGCCCGGAGCUAUCGACCUACUACAAACCGGAUCCCGAGAUUAUCAAUUGUCUGCAUUUUUAUCGCGUCAAAAUCUACAUGACCGGCUGGCCUGUUGAAGACGUUGAGCUGUUCACGAAGAAGUUCCUGGCGGCUAGUGCGGUGACAAUCAUCGUUGCCCAUUCGGAGAUCGAGGUGCUCGAUUUGAGCGCGCUGAAAUUCACCGAAGUGUUCGAACUAAUCCUCCUCGAUAAUCUGAAAUUAAAAGAAGUUCGAUUUUCCGACGUUGUGAUGAAUACGAUAAGGUUCCGAGGUGCUACAGCAAUCCAUUCGUUCAAUAAUCCGCAAUUGACCAAUCAAUCAUACGAGACGCUUGUAAAGGUGUGUCUCAGAAAAUGCGACAUUGAGAAACCUGAUUUCUCGGCGACAACAAUUGCACCAACACCAACACCAACUGAACCGCCGACAACAAUUGCACCAACACCACCACCAACUGAACCGCCGACAACAAUUGCACCAACACCACCACCAACUGAACCGCCGACAACAAUUGCACCAACACCACCACCAACUGAACCGCCGACAACAAUUGCACCAACACCACCACCAACUGAACCGCCGACUACAAUGGCGCCAACACCACCACCAACUGAACCGCCGACAACAAUUGCACCAACACCACCACCAACUGAACCGCCGACUACAAUGGCGCCAACACCACCACCCACUGAGCCGGCGACGGCAGCGGUGGAAUCGGCGAUCUCGAUGAAAAAUUCCGUAGAAGGGAAGGAAGAUGUUGCGAGUCCGACGGAAUCAGUGGAGAAGCUCGAAGAGCAACUCGCCUCCACGAACGAGACGAUGAAUUCGGCGGAGAAUGAGCUUCCGACGAACUCCAAUGGCACUAUUGAGACGGAGAAUCUGACAACGAUGAAGCUACCGGCAAACGCUAAUAGCUUUACGGAGGCGACGAAUCCGGCAACGGAGAAGCUUCCGGUGAAUCCGAUAACGGAGAAGCUUCCGGCAAAUGCUGAUGGUUCCACAGCGGCGGUGAAUCCGACGACGGAAAAGGUUCCGGCGAAUCCGACAACGGAGGAAAUGGACUAUAAUGACGCGUCGAACGCGAUUCUUCAACUUCCAGUAUUUUUACUAGCAGCGUUUUAUUUGUAG